AUACCGAAACAGUCGACGGGCCGUAUAUAAUGACUCAAUCUUCCUGGCUUCUUAUCAUGCGAAGCUCAGCUACCAUUGCCUCUCUAGAUGCUGAUUAGAUCUCGCCUCUUUCAGCCAGCCCAACUUGACGAUUAACAGGCACGUACUUAUCCGCCUAGGUGCAACACCCACAAAUCACUCAUCUUGACUAUGACACGAAUCAAGGUCCUCAUCAGCGGCGGAGGCAUCGCCGGCAACUCUCUUGCCUUUUGGCUCGGCAGGCUUGGUCACGACGUCACCGUUAUUGAGUGGUACCCUAAUCUCCGGACCACCGGGCUCCAAAUCGAUCUACGCGGCCACGGCAUCGAAGUCUUGAAGCGGAUGGGCCUUGAACAGGGCUUCCGCGCUAGAAGCGCUCCGGAGCAGGGUCUGCAGAUAGUUAAUAGCGCAGGGAAGCGACAAGCCUUAUUUCCGGUGAAUAAGUCGGGUAAGGGGCUACAGAAUUUUACCACUGAGUGGGAGAUCAUGAGAGGGGACCUGUGUCGCCUUUUCUACGAUCAGUGUAAGGACCACACCAAAUACAUGUUUGGAGCGUCAAUCAGAAGCUUCAAGGAGAAAGAUGACGGCGUUGAGGUCCAGUUUUCGAAUGGCAAGACGGACAGAUUUGAUCUCCUAGUCGGCGCUGAUGGCAUAGGGUCAAAGGUCCGCAAGAUGAUGCUUAGCUCAGACACAGAUGACGGCUUCUGUCCUCUGCGCGACAUCUACAUCGCGUACUUCACGAUCCCCCAGCUGAUAAAAGAAGGUGAGGAUUAUCUCGCUACAUCGUACAUCGCUCCCGGUCGGCGAGGUAUAAUGAUUCGAAGACACAAGCCGGAUCAGAUCCAAGUUUAUCUUAUGUGCAAGAGUGACUCCGAGCGGCUCAAGAACGCGCGUCGGGGAGACACUAAGGAGGAGCGCGCGGCGCUGACUGAGAUAUUUCAGGGCGCGGGUUGGAAAACAGAGGAGGUCAUCAGGGCCAUGAAUGAGACCGACGAUUUCUACCUUGAACAUAUGGGCCUCAUCAAGUUGGACUCUUGGUCUCAUGGCCACGUAACACUCCUCGGGGAUGCUGCGUAUUGCCCGACGGCCAAUACGGGAAUGGGAACCAGUUCUGCUAUCGUGGGCGCGUAUGUCCUCGCCGGAGAGAUCGGAAGGCACUGCAAGGAGGGCGUCAAUACGAAGGACGGACUCACGGUCGCGCUCAAAGCUUAUGAACAGAAGUUCCGCCCCUUCAUGGACCAAGUGCAGAAAGGAAUAUCAGAUGGUUCGGGUGUUUGGGGAAGUAUGAUGCCGACGACUCCAUUCGGGAUCUACAUCAUGAAUUGGAUCAUCUGGGUGGUCGCCGUCCUGAGGCUGAAUAUUAUCGGGCAAUGGUUCCUAAAGGAAGAUGUUAAGUGGGACAUGCCGGAAUAUAAGGAGAUCCUACUAAAAUAGGAAGAUAAUUCGGGCUGAUUGGAAUGUGAAAGCAGAUUUUUAGACUGACAAAUUAAUUCCCCUCUUACUUCAUUCAGAUAAAUACCUCGGUUGUCUAGGUAUCUACCUAGGAAAACAUGUUGUAGAACGCCCAUCGUCAAGGUGGCCCACUACUGGGACCCCUUUUUUAGACAGAAACGCUGCGA